GACGGCGACGUGUACACACACGCCACUAUCGCCGACGAUCAGUGUGUGUCUCGAGGGCUAUGCCGUGACAUGAACGCCGGCGAAUCGUACAAGGUGCUCGUGCUGGGCGACUCGAACGUCGGCAAAACGUGUCUGAUGCACAGGUUUUGCGACGAGACGUAUUACGACACGUACAUAUCGACCAUAGGAGUCGAUUACAAACAAAAGAUAAUUCAGUUGGACGAAAAACCAGUAAAGUUACAAAUAUGGGACACCGCUGGACAAGAACGAUUCCGGACACUGACCACGGCGUACUAUCGGGGCGCAAUGGGUAUAUUACUCGUUUAUGACGUGACGAAUCUGGAUUCAUUCGACCAUUUGACGUAUUGGUUGAAGAAUAUUCAAGAGAACGCUUCGCCGGACGUUAUCAAAGUUUUGGCUGGUAACAAAUGCGACAACGAGACAGUGCGAGCCGUGGAUAAAGCAGACGGAGAAAAAAUAGCAGAAUGCUACGAUAUGCCGUUUUUUGAAGUCUCGUGUAAGAUGGACGUCAACGUGGAAGAAGCGUUUCAGGCAUUGGCCAAAAUGAUUAAAGAACGUUCCCAAUACUCGGGAGCGUUCGGGUUGAGAGACGAAACGCCAAGGGAGAAAUGUUCGCCACUUUUCGAAAAAGCUUUUGCUGAAUCUACACGGAAGUGCAGUUCCUGUUAAUGUCCAUAACUGUAAUAUUAAAAAUAAUCAUAACGGUUUAGCUAUUUAUAUUUUCAUAAAAAUCUAAAAGCCUAUUAAUUAUCAUAUACGUGAUGGCUUACACUCGCGCCUAUCCGAUGACGUCGAGAGUUGAAUUAACAUAAUAUGCUAAAACGACGGAACUUAAAAGUUGUUGAUUAGUGAUUACUAUAUAAUAUAAAUAGUAAAGACAUAAUAAAAUACGCAUAAUAUUAUAACGUUAUUACAAUAUUACAAUAAAUAUACUAAUAUAAUACGUAAUGAAUUGAAUUUAUUACCUAUAUCGUAUCUAUAUCCAUAAUGAUAUUUUGUAAAGUCGAAAUGCACAAAAUCGUUGUUUUACCGUUAGAGUAAAAUUUAAUUUUCCACGUAAUAUAUCUCUCCGAUUACAUAUAAAUAAAUAUAUUAUAUCAAUACCUAUUAAUUCGUUCUAUCAAACACCGAAGUAAAUACAUAAAUACUUUAAUAUGCUUUAAUAUUGUACAUACGUAAACAGUGUGUCUUCAACUAAUGACAGGGUCAGAUAUUGUGCUUGUUCAGACAUAACAUUUCAAUUUUAAAUAUUUACUGUUUACAUAAUUUUUUCAACGGUUUAUAUUAUAUAUAUUAUGUAUAGUCAGAACAAAGAUAUUAAAAUAUACCUAAUCACGAUAUUAUGAAUACAUAUAGCUACGAAUCUUUCACGUUUUGCCUUUAUAUAUAUUGUAUUGUUUCUCAUAUUAUUAAUAUUAUUACCUAUAUACAACUAUAUAAUAUUUUCCUGCAAAUUCACAUGUAUUUUUUAAAAAUGUCUAUUUUGAUUUAUACCUAUUUUGAUGUUGUAUACCUAAUAUACAUUUUUGUUUAUUGUAAUCCAUUAAUCCAUUGAUUAAUUUAAUAAAUUGGGAAUAUAAUACAAUUUUUGAAAUAAUCA